AUAGAUAGUUUUCAUGUGACGUCAUGACUUCCCAUCAUCCGUUGCGCAGUCUACCGUGGCCGCCAUUUUGAUUGGCAAACAAUACAGUUCCGUGGUUCAGUGAACGUACAUGUAAACAAUCUUAAUUUAGAACAGAAAUGGUAAUUUCUUGUUGGGUUAAUGGUUGCAGUAAUCGUGCAGACCAAAGUCGUAGCUUGGGAUUUUAUUCAAUUCCAUCUGUCAGAGAAAAUGAAGGCGAAUUUACGAAGAGUUUGACAGAAGAGCGACGAAUACUGUGGAUUUCUAACAUAAAUCGAAAAGAUGCGCCGACGAAGUAUUCUAAAAUUUGCUCCGAUCAUUUCUUGAAAGGAAAACCGGCAUCUAUGUACCAUCGCUCAGAUCCAGACUGGGCUCCUACUCUAAAUUUAGAUGGUGCUAUGACUCCAACAAAAUCAGUGUUGAAGAAAAAAAAGAUUGAAACAGAUAGUAAAAGGUAGGCCUAAUUUAGAGUUCAUUCAUUUCAAUUUAAAUUACAACACACAGCUAAACAUUG